CCACAUAGUCUGUUCCAUUUCACUUCCGGUUUUACGACAACAAGGUUUUUCCACAUGUGGAGAGAGUAACAGAAAUUAACUUCUGUUUGAACUGAGGUUAACUUGCUUUUCAUAACAAACACUACCGGGCGGAAGGUUAUACUACACUAUGGGCAAAAAGAAGACGGGAGGGGGGCCUGGCGGACUCGGGAGGUGUCUGAUCAAGGAGAGGCUUCAGGCCAAUCGUGGACACAAGAAGAUCGACACCUGGCUUCACACUAGUGAACUUAACGAUGGCUAUGACUGGGGUCGACUGAACCUGCAGUCAGUUACCGAACAGAGUUCCAUGGAUGACUUCCUCGCCACUGCCGAAUUAGCAGGCACAGAGUUCAUUGCUGAAAAGCUAAACAUUAAGUUCGUGCCGGCGGAAGCCAGGGCGGGGCUACUGACCUCAGAGGAACGGGCCAGGUUGAAGAAGGUGCACGAAGAGAAUAAACAGCUCCUCCGCAUCCCCCGCCGCCCAAAAUGGGACGAGAACACCAGCGCUGAGGUCCUUCAGCAGGCGGAGAGAGACAGCUUCCUGGAAUGGAGAAGGGAACUCGCAAAGCUGGAAGAGGAGCAGAAGUUUAUUCUCACGCCAUUCGAGAGGAACCUUGACUUCUGGAGGCAGCUGUGGAGAGUGAUCGAGAGGAGUGAUGUCGUUGUCCAGAUUGUUGAUGGCAGAAAUCCUCUACUGUUUCGUUGCCCUGAUCUUGAGGCGUAUGUGAAGGAGGUGUCGGAGGACAAGGUGAACAUGAUCCUGGUGAACAAGGCGGACCUGCUGACCCGGGAGCAGCGCGGCAUCUGGGCCAGGUACUUCCAGAAGCAAGGCAUCAGGGCGGUGUUCUGGUCGGCCCUGGCAGAGGCGGACCGGUUGGAGGCGCUGGAAAAGGGAAUGGAGGUGGAGGAGACUGAAGAUGCAGUGAGUGAACCGGAAGAGGAAGAGGAGGAGGAGGAGCAGCCCAGCGUGGCUAAGGAGAGUCAGCAACCAGAAGCUAAGGAGGAGGAGGAGGAGGAGGAUAGUAUGGAUGAAGAUCCGCGGGAAAGGGUAACGGUAGCAGAAGAGGACUGGCAGACCUGCUCGGAAGGCGAUGACGAAGAGGAGGAGGAGGGAGGGGCGGCUGGUCCGUCGAAUAAAGACGGCUUCCGCAACUCCAGUCGUCUGCUGCACAAGGACGAGCUGCUGGCCAUGUUCAAGAUGGUUCACACCGGGAAACAGUGCAGAGAAGGACAAAUCACCGUGGGCAUGGUUGGAUAUCCCAAUGUGGGAAAAAGUACAACCAUCAACACAAUCUUCAGGGACAAAAAAGUGUCAGUUUCUGCCACUCCCGGUCACACCAAGCACUUUCAGACUCUGUUUGUGGAGCCUGGCCUCUGCCUCUGUGACUGCCCGGGUCUGGUGAUGCCCUCCUUCGUCUCCACCAAGGCUGAGAUGAUCUGCUGUGGCAUCCUGUCCAUCGAUCAGAUGAGGGACCACGUUCCUAGCAUCUCCCUCGUGUGUCAAACCAUCCCGCGCCACGUCAUGGAGAGAACGUACGGCAUCAACAUCAUCCGGCCCCGGGAGGACCAGGACCCAGACCGCGCGCCCACCUCUGAGGAGAUGCUCAGGGCCUACGGAUAUAUGAGGGGCUUCAUGACGGCCCACGGACAGCCCGACGAGGCAAGAUCGGCCCGCUACGUUCUGAAGGAUUAUGUCAACGGCAAGCUCCUGUACUGCCACCCUCCACCACACAUCCAGGCUGCAGACUUCCAGCCCCAGCACAGAACCUUCCUGCCCACGGACGGGGAGAUCGACGAGUCCUCCAAUCCCAGCUGCAGCCUGAACAAGAUCAGGAGGAUAGAGAACCCUGUGGACAAGAACUUCUUCAAUCAGGAGAACGUGCGUGCGCUCACCAAGGGCGUCCAGAACGUCAUGGGCUACAAGAUGGGCAGCGGGCCCGUGACCCCGGGCCAGCCGGGCCACGUGGGCCCCGGCCAGGUGGGCCCCGAGGGCGUGGUCGGCAAACCCUGGAAGAAGCACGGCAACGGCAACAAAAAGGAGAAGGUCCGCAGGCUCACCCGGCACCUGGAGGCCUGAGCCGGAGGAGGCCCGGCUGAGGGCCUGGUUCACCCAGAGGCCAUCUUCAGCUCCCUCCCCCAACCUCCAAGCUAGUGAUUAGCACCGAGUUGGAACCAAAAUGGCCCCUAUGUGAAUAAGCCCUAAACAAACUGUUUAAAAUUAAUCAUGGAUCAUUUCAGAUUUAAUGGGAUGACUGUAUGGGAGGGUUUAGAUGCAAUUCCAAAGGAAUUAACACCAGCCUAGGUCAAUGCCGGGCUCUUUGAGUGGUUAAAGGAGAGGUUAGAGGCUACAGGUUUCCAUAAAUAGUACAUUAUAUAUAAUGUACUGCCCUUGAUUACUGAUAAUGAUCCAAACCAUCAUUUUCAUCUCGGCAAUUUCAUAGCUUGUCUUUUCCCCAUUUUCUUUCUUACUAGAAAAUUAAAUGUUGAUUUUUCAGAUUAAAACAAAUGCUUGUAUUAUUCAUGUACAAUAUUUAAGACAUUGGAAUAAAACGAAUUUGUUCUCAA